AUGCCUGAAGCUGUUUCCGAUUUGGCCGUGUGCCGGCGCCGUGCCAGCGCCGUGUUGGAACUCACGUGGGCCUGCACAAAUCCAACACGACGCCAACCGGGCGCUGGAACGUCGCUGGCACGGACAAUUCUGAACGGCGCUUUCCUGGCUGCACCCCACAAAUGGUGUCUGGUCAAUAACAGUACAAGGGUGAUGGAACGUUCAUCGGAAAAGGGAGUAGCAGUGGCAUCUAGUAGUUCUGCAACAACGGCGGAAGCCAGCCAUGCAGCCAGCGCAGCUGCCAAAGACGCACAAGGAAGCGAUAUCGGGAAGAAAGCAAAGGAUGCCACAACGAAGCCAUCAUCGAAUAGCAUUAAAGAAGAAACAUAUCAUGACUGCAGGAUCUAUGUCAGCAAUAUCCCCUUCAGCUAUCGAGAUGUCGACCUCAUUCAAAUGUUUUCUCCAUUUGGCAAAGUAUCAAAUGCUGAAGUGGUAAUGAAUGAAAGGGGAUCGAAAGGAUUUGGAUUUGUGACACUCGACAGCAAAGAAGCCAGUGAAAAAGCACGUGCUGCUCUCCAUGGAACUGUUAUACAAGGCCGCGUCAUCGAGGUGAAAAAGGCUACUGCUAUGCGUCGACCUUCUUCGCAAAAUCGCAAUGCACAACAAGCACUUUUGCCUGGCAUCUUCUUACCUCCAACGGUUACGCGUAACCUCCCAAUCUCUUCGAAUGUUGCAAUGCUGAAGCCGGGUUUGCUGUCGCCUCAGGUCACACCAUAUCUCAAUUCGGAACAACUCGCAGCCGUCUUGGCCGCACAAAAUCAAUUAGGACUCCAACAAAUGGUCAAUCCACUUGCUGCAAGAGAUGGAUCACUAUCCUCCAUGCUCCUCCCCGGCCAACUACCUCUUCAACAGCCAGCGCUUGUGGCGGGAACUUUACCGACAUAUCCAUUAGGAUUCCAAUCAGUUCCAUUGCAACUGGUUUACGCAUCACCAUACCAAUCAGCUUUCAACGCCGCGGCAGCAGCUCCACACCUUGCUUCGACUGCCUCUGCCACGAUGAUGCCGAUCUCAGCUCCGGGUGCUUUCUCCGCAAAUUUGUUCAAGGCGCAAGCGCAACAACAGGCAGCAGCAGCAGGGUAUUUGGACGUGCUUGGAUCGCUUGGUAUCGGAGCUGGAAUCGUUCCGCCAGGUCGAGCCGCUCCUCUGCGGAUAGACAAUUCUCAGAUUCCUGCUCUUCGCUCGCUGGAUCAGUCUUGUGUAAUUGACACGUCGUUUCAUGGAGAACCACUGAAGGAGGGGCAGUUUGGGGCCAUUGGAAGAGCUGUACCUUCCACAUCCAUUAGCAACGUCAGUCAAGUGAGUACGGGAAGCACUGAUUUUCCCCAGCUGUCCUCUAUGCCCCUGGAUGAACGCGGGUAUGGAUGCCUUACUGAUUCCACUGAUGGAAAUUCUUUCAUUCCUCCUUAUCGUCAAUUUGAUACAUCCGUCGAUCGCAACGGUCGAAAACGUCAAAAUACUAUCGAUGACUACUACCUCAGUAAAAAGCAGGCCAAAUCAAUAUUUCACGCUAUUCUUCUCUUCCUCGUGGAAGAUCACAAUUAUAGCAACAACAGCAACAUCGUAAGUCUCCGACAGGUUAAGAGUGCAGAAAUAGUGUCAAGCAGCAAAGACCUUUUCUGGCAGUGA